ACGCACUUUUGGCGCGCCGGGCUGCGCCGCAAACGCGCGCUUUCGGCCAGGGGCCGGGUUCUUGUGUUGUCUAGGCGCAGGCUGUCACCCGGCGCAAUGGGCAAGAAGGGUAAGGAGAAGAAGAAGGGCCGCGGAGCGGAGAAAACGGCCGCCAAGAUGGAGAAGAAGAUGUCCAAGCGCUCGCGGAAGGAGGAGGAUGACCUGGAAGCCCUCAUUGCCCAUUUCCAGACUCUGGACGCCAGAAAGACGAAGAUCACAGAGACGCCCUGCGCCCCGCCGUCUGCACGGUUGAAUGCCUCCCUCUCCGCACAUCCUGAGAAAGAUGAACUAAUCCUUUUCGGAGGUGAAUAUUUCAAUGGCCAAAAAACUUUUGUGUAUAAUGAGCUCUACACCUACAAUAUCAGAAAGGACACCUGGACGAAGGUUGAGAUCCCUGGCCCGCCGCCGAGGCGCUGUGCUCACCAGGCGGUGGUGGUGCCUCAGGGCGGAGGACAGCUGUGGAUCUUCGGAGGGGAGUUUGCCUCCCCCGACGGGGAGCAGUUCUACCACUACAAGGACCUCUGGGUCCUGCACCUGGCCACGAAGACCUGGGAGCAAGUCAGGUCAACAGGUGGUCCUUCAGGUCGGAGUGGACAUCGGAUGGUGGCCUGGAAGAGACAGUUAAUCCUUUUUGGUGGCUUCCACGAGAGCGCAAGGGACUAUGUCUACUACAAUGACGUGUACGCCUUCAGCCUGGACACCUUCACGUGGAGCAGGCUGGCCCCGUCGGGGCUCGGACCUUCUCCGCGCUCUGGCUGCCAGAUGUCCGUCACCCCCCAGGGCAGCAUCAUGGUCUACGGAGGCUACUCCAAGCAGAGAGUCAGAAAAGACGUGGACAGAGGCACCCAGCACUCCGAUAUGUUUCUGCUGAAGCAUGAGGAAGGGGGCGAAGGCAGAUGGGUGUGGACCCGCAUUAACCCCUCGGGGGCCAGGCCCUCCCCGAGGUCUGGCUUUUCAGUGGCCGUGACCCCCAGUCAGCAGACAGUGCUCUUCGGGGGCGUCUGUGACGAGGAGGAGGAGGAGAGCCUGGAGGGGGUGUUCUUCAACGACCUGUACUUCUACGAUGCCGCCAAGAACCGCUGGUUCGCGGGGCAGCUGCAGGGCCCCAAGUCCGAGAAGAAGAAGCGGAGGCGGGGCCAGGCCGAGGAGCCCGCAGGAGCCGACGGGCGGGAGCUCGGGCCAGCUGGCGCCCCGGCACCCCUGGAGGUGGUCAAGGAGGUGGUAUCUGAGGACGGGACCGUGGUGACCAUUAAACAAGUGCUCCAGGCCCCGGGCCCGGCGGCGCAGGCCCCGUCUGAGGAGGACGCCGGUGCCAGGGAGGCCAGCAGGCCCAGGGUCGAGCCGUGCCCGCGCUCCAGCGCCAUGCUGGCCGUGAAGCACGGACUGCUGUUCGUCUACGGGGGGAUGUUUGAGGCUGGCGACCGCCAGGUGACUCUCAACGACCUGUACUGCCUUGACCUGCACCGGAUGGAGGAGUGGAAGGCCUUGGUGGAGAUGGACCCAAAGACCCAGGAGUGGCUGGAGGAGACGGACUCGGAUGAGGACAGCGACUCGGCUAGGGAUGCGGAGGCGGGAGACGAGGACCAGGACGAGGACAGUGAGGAGGACAGCGGCGCAGAGCCAGAAGAGCCACAGCACCCAGAGAUGGCACCCCGGGAGCAGCGCGUGGAUGCCCUGGCCAGGACAGAGCAGCACGGGCUGAAGCUUGCGUGUGACGCCCCGGAGCCCGGUGCCGAGGAGGGGAAAGCGCCGAAGCGGGCGUAGCCCACGCAGAGACCCCUUCACCGACUCAGCCCGCGGGCCGCCCCAGGGCCGGAGGGCCGUGAACUCCUGGGGCUGUGGGGUGCGAGCGAGGGGGCCGUGGGGGGUCUGUUGGCGAGGAGCAGUGUGGGCUGGGGCCACGGGGCGGCUGUUUCUCCUCUAAUAAAACCACUCUGUGCGC